AUAUAUAUAUGAAAAACAAAUGUUUACACAAAUAUGGAGCACAAAAUAUUGAUAUAUUUUGAAAGAAGUUUGUAUUAUGCAAAUGUUCAUGUUCCUCAUGAUGACAUCGAUAUCGAUAAUGUGGCACACGGAUCAUUGUAGGAGUGACCAAAAUGAGGAAAGCCAGUGGAACCAUAUGGAACCCUAUAGGUAUGGAACGAUAUGGAACGUAGAGGAGGAAAACAUUGAACCAGAAUCGACACAAAACUCCAUGCAUAUGUUGGAUAGUGAGACGAUGAAUCCAUUCCAGCGAAUGCACGAAAAAUAUCGCAAGUUUUUGAAUUGGGAAAACGAAGUACAAAAAUAUACAUUCUACAAUGAGGAUCAACGCAUCAAAAGACUUUGGGAUCCUGCCUACAAUGAAAGCCUGGACUAUCGGGAAAACCUAAAUGCAUCAUCCAGUAGGGGGAAAAGGGAAGAAGGAACCGAUGAAGGAACAGAUAAAGGAAAAGAUAAGGGAACAGACAAAGGAAAAGAUAAGGGAAAAGUUGAGGGAAAAGAUGAAGGAAAAGAUAAAGGAAAAGGUAACGGAACAGAUGAAGGAACUGAUAAAGGAAAAGAUAAAGGCAAAGAUAAAGGAAAAGAUAAGGGCAAAGAUAAAAGCAAGGAUAAAGGAAAAGAUAAAGGCAAAGACAAAGACAAAGGAAAAGAUAAUGGCAAAGAUAAGGGAGAAGAAAGGAAAAGGUAUCCCCUAAAGCCUCACAUAGAAUACAAUCGUCGUCCGUUGUAUGGCAAAGUCUAUGACAUAAUCGUCACGUUGCCCACACUGGGCACUGAGACAUUUGUAUUGAACUUGACUGUCAAUACGGAUGACUAUCUGAUAGAUGAGGUGAUCACUGUGCCCAAAGGCAAGCCAAAUCCCUGGAAAUACACCACCAAAUUGCCAAGCAUAUUGCAAAAGUAUGACAUUCGAGUGGGCCGAUUGCCGUACAAAAAUUGCUACUUCUAUCGCACGCAUGCCAGCUACUUCAAUUCGCGUGCGCGUUUCGUGUACAUUCAGAUAUCGUCGCUGAAGGAUCGCAGCAAAUUGUUGGCACGCAAGGCCAGGCGUGACCUUACCAUAUUGAUGCCCAAAUCGAUGAGCUGUGAUCCGCUGCUGAGUCUGCCCUUCUGCCAGGAUCCCAAUUUUCCAGUCGAUGUUUCACCACGCAGUCACUUGCAGUUCUUUGCCGAGCUGGGUGACGAUUGCAAGCGCUUUGAAUACGAUCAUGUGGAUUGGAAUUUUUACGAUAUGAGCGAGAGAAAACUAAUUGGUCAUGCGGGUGUCAGCAGGGGUCUGGUGCUCAAGAUACAACCGUAUACGGUCAGGUUCAGAUAUAAUGUGGGUGGUACGGGACGUUUUCUAUUUCUUUUGCGCGCCAAUGCAAUUAUCAAUGGCGUCAAUUGUGUGGCAAGGUGUUAUGUACGCAUGAUACCACUUCAGGUGGAACCAAAAAUCCAGGGUAACAUUUAUCGACGGGUCAAUGGAGCGAAGGAGAUUGUGCUGGAUGGCAGUCGAAGCAGAGACAGAUCGAGGCCACGGUCCGAAGAUCAUGCUAGGAUACUUUAUUGGGGCUGUUACAGUGCAGAUGAUCGCAAAAAUAAAUACUGCACUCCAAAAAUGAGUACUAAGGUAAUAAUCAAAAUACCACCAAAUGGAUUUAAAGCGGGCAAAUUCUAUAACAUCAGUUUGUCAUUAUUUUCGCGCAUGGAUCACCUUGUGAAUGCCACCGAAUAUCAAAUGCUGGAAGUUGUCAAGGAGAAAACAAUAACGCCACAUAUACGUUGCCGUAGAAAUUGCUAUAUGAAUGCCUAUGCACCCAUCGAUAGCAUUCACUUGAUGGGUGAAUGCUUGGAUUGUAGAGCAAAGAUUCGCAGCUACUCAUGGUAUGUGAAUACGCCAGGGAAGGCGCAUGCGCUGGUAUCGAAAUUUUCGCAUCUCGUUCAUCGACACACCGAUUCGGCGAUGCAUGUACGACUGGAGAUCAUACUCACGGAUGGUACCUCGGGUGAGGCGCACCUAGAAUUUAAGCGUAACGAUGGCCCACAGGAUGGUGAAUGCAUAAUAUGGCCCAAAAAGGGUUUGGAGGCGUAUACAAACUUUUAUCUGGGCUGCAACGAUUUCAAAACGAAAUAUCCACCCUUACAGUAUAGGUAUACAGUUAAAUUGGGUGUUAUCGACUCGAAUGUACCCUACAGUCUAUUCAAAACGACACUGCCGGCCACCAAAAAACUAUAUAUAUCUAUAUGCGAUUACCUUGACAUGUGCGUGGAUUCAACACUCAAUGUCGAUGUGUCUAGAACCGAUCAAAUAGGGGAAAUAGACGUGAACAAUACGCUACCACAUCUGUUCGAAAUAGAGGCCUACAUCAGUCCGAUGGCGUAUUUUCUGAGGCAUGGCAGAUGGAACAAGGCCUAUGUCAUGGCACUGGUGGCUGUACAGCGGAUCAAUACAGCCAUCGAGGGCAGAGCGAUCUACAGAUAUCUGAACGCUGAGGAUAUCAUAACGGGCACACAGCUCGAACAGCUCUCAGUGUUGGCCGCACAAAUUGUGAAACGUUUGUCGCCCAUGGACUAUCGUGGUGCCGCACUGGUUACGGGCAUAUUCACGCGCAUGAGCCUGGCAUUCGAGGAGAUAAUCGAGCAGCUGGAAUGGCUACAUCGGGCAGCGUACAAUUCGCUGACCGAUCAGCACAUGUACUUCUUGUACUACAUGGCCAUGCGAACGGAGAAGCAUGCACCGCCACAGUGCAAGACAUACGAUGACACUUGCAACAUGGGACAGAAUGUGGGGAUGGAGCGUAAACUUGUUAUGGAUGUGGAUCCGAUCACCCUGCUGCGCAUCAAUUGGUGGCUAAAGGUCACCUGGUAUCUGUACAAGUGCAUCUAUUAUCUGGGUGUGCUCGGCACCCGUAGACACCAUGCCUACGAUGAGGCGCUGACCGUGCUCCAGGGUGGCAUUGCCUAUCAGAUGAAUGUAACGGAGGUAACAGAACCCCUUGUCGAAUUGACCGUAAACACAAUCGAUCAAAUACACGAGGUGGAGAUAUCUCCGGGACUGCUUGAGGAACUGAGCAUAAUGCUGGAUGGUGACACCAUACUCUUUCAGAUCAUAUCGCAGCAGAAUAUUCACAACAUAUACUGGUGGUAUCCGGAGCCAUUGCCCUCGGAGACGAACGUACUCGUUGUGCAUGCCUACAGUCCGGAAAAGAAUUAUCCGAUGGGUGUGCGGCAUCCGCUUAAAAAUCCGUUGGUCUAUUACAUGAACAUAUCCGACUUCAGUUCGAAUCCAGAGUUUGUCAAAUGGAUGGCCAAUAGCACAAUUCUGAGUGCCUCGCACAUACACUACUAUACGAUACCCUUGAGAUCGAAAAGUGUGCUGGCUGUGCGCAUCGUACAAGUCUCAGAUCCCAUUUGUAUUUCGAUGACUUUGAAUGCGAAGCCCGAAUUGCACGAAAUCAAGCGGAAGUCUUGUCGCAUCACACCUGAAAUGGGGGGUAAACGCAUUUGGAUGACAAACAAUUGCCCAGACACUAGCAUUGCCUAUGUGGGUGUACUCAGUCAAGAUAAUGAGCUCCAGGACGAUCAUACACAUUAUGAGACAAGGAAGGGUCAAGGUCCUAGCCUAAAGCAUAUUGUUAAGAAAUGUUUGAAUUACUCGAUUCUGCUCGAGUCUUAUCAAUGUAACUUUUGGUCGAAUCGCUCGUUGAAUCCCGGUUGGAGCGCAAAAUAUUGCAGCACAAAACUGGACAAUGAGAAUGGUAUGUUUGUGAAAUGCACCUGCGAUAUCCUGGGACCGCUAGCCUCGCGCAUAUUUCCCGUUGCCGCCGAACGAUACAUUACGGUGAUGGUGCUGCCCAUACUGGAAACCAAUUGGUAUAUGUUUGCCAUGUUCCUGAUGCUGUUCCUACUGCUGAUGUUUGUACUCUUCACAUAUAUUGGUCGGAUGUCCGCCCAUCAGCAUCGGCAUGUGCAGGAGUGUAGGCACAAGCAUGUGCGAUUCAAGGAGGAUAUGACAUUCGAUUCGGAUAAGGAUAUGCUGGUGCUGGUGAAGACUGGCGGCCAGGAGUUCGCUGGUACCACAUCCAAUAUCAAAUUCUACUUCAAAACGGCAAAAGGCAAACAGGUGUCGUACAUCAUAUCACAGGAUCCGGGCCGUCCGCGUCUCUUACGGAAUAGCAUCAAUAAAAUCACACUGCCUGGCGGUGCCGUUGAAAUACCCACCCGAUUGGCCUUUGGCAUUGAGCGAAAUGGACGGUAUCCGCGCUGGUAUUGCCGGACAGUGACCAUUAUCGAUUUGAAUACAGAUAUGGAGCAAUUGUUUAUCGUCGAAAGAUGGAUCGAGGAGGGGUACACGCCCUUCAUACGAUCACCCUACUUCACACGAUCCGCCAGUGAGAAGCCGGUGCUGUCGUGGCAGCGACGUUUCCGCAACAGUUUCGAGCAGCGUUUCCUCAAUUGGUUUCUAGUCAGCCCCAUGACUGGGCCCUGGCUUAGCCGCAAUACCCUCUAUGCGAUGACACGCUUUGAACGGUCCUGCGUUUGGAUUUGUAAUGUCAGUCUAACGAUACUAUUGGUCAGCCUCUACUUUGGCCCCUCACCGCUUGAGGCGGUAUCUGAGGAGACACUCGCCGAGGAGAAGAGAACUUCCCUUAAAUUGGGUGAAGUAUUGGCCCUUGGUGUAUAUUCGGCGAUUAUUGGCAUCGCAGUGCUUUUUUUCUUUGAAUUUGUGAUCAUGCGUUUACUCUGGCAUCGUGAAUGAUGUGGAAAAUGUUAAA